AUGAGAGAUCUACCACCCAAAGAAUCCAGUUUAUUUAAACAAAUUCUUAGAUACUAUGAAUACAAGCAGUAUAAAAAAGGCCUUAAAACUGCCGAGCAAAUACUCACCAAGUUCCCCAAACAUGGAGAUCUUUUGGUUCAGCCUGUACUUACUACGACCCUCGUUACUAAUGCAGAGACACUAGCGAUGAAAGGCCUAUUCCUUAAUCAUAUGGAGAAGAAAGAGGAGGCAUACAAAUUAGUUAAAGAGGGUCUUGCCUUGGAUUUAUCUAGUCAUAUAUGUUGGCACGUUUUUGGUCUUUUGCAUAGAUCGGACAAGAACUAUGGCGAAGCACUAAAGUGCUAUACGAAUGCAUUAAAGUCUGAUAAGGACAAUAUGCAAAUUCUUCAAGAUUAUUCGCUUCUACAGAUACAGAUGAGGAAUUAUGAAGCAUUUAGCGAAUCAAGACAUCACCUAUUGCAGUUAAGACCUAAUAACCAACGGUAUUGGAUUGGGCUUGCAAUAUCUUAUCAUUUGUUGGCUAAUUACGAAAUCGCUGAAAAGAUCUUAUCACAUUACGAAAAAACAUUAAAGAAGCCGAAACCGAUGGAUUUUGAGCAUAGUGAAAUGCUCAUGUAUCAUAAUUAUGUAAUUGAGGAAAUGGGCAACAUAGAACGAGCUCUGGGUCAUUUGGAUUCAAUUAAGGAUAACGUGGUUGACAAACGCGCGUGGAAAGAGAAGCGAGCCCAGUUCCUUCUGAAGCUUAACAGAUUAGACGAAGCCGAACAAGUAUAUCAAGAACUCGUCAGAGAAAACCCCGAUUGCUACGAAUACUUUAAAGGGUUGCAGCAAGCUAAGCAGAUUGACAUCGAAAAUUCAGAUGACGAUCAACAAGAAAAACUAUUCGCCAUUUACCGAGAGCUCGGCGAGACCUUCAAAAAAUCAAAUGCCGCGAAGCGCAUCCCUCUACAACACGCCAGUGGUGAGAGAUUUAAACAGGCCGUGGGCGAGUACAUAAAGCCAGCCCUACGCAAAGGUGUUCCUUCACUCUUUGUGCACUUGAAACAGCUUUAUUCUGAUCCCUCAAAAUCAUCUAUGAUUGAGGCGUCAGUGGAAGGGUAUCUUCAGUCAUUGAAGGAUAAAGGCGUUUUUGAAGAACCGGCUGAAAAAGAUACGAAAGAACCACCUACUGCAUACUUAUGGGCUCUAUACUUCCUGGCUCAGCAUUAUGAUUACAGGAGAAAUACGGCCAAAGCUUUCAAAUAUAUCAAUGAGGCUAUCGAACAUACGCCGACCAUGGUUGAAUUGUAUAUGACAAAGGGACGAAUACUUAAGCAUGGGGGCGACAUGAACGAAGCCAUGAAGGCUAUGAACGAUGCUCGCGAGCUGGAUUUACAAGACAGAUUUAUCAACUCUAAGUGUGUGAAAUAUAUGUUAAGAAAUAACCAGGCGGAGGAGGCGGAGAAAACUAUUGGUUAUUUUACCAGAAGAGAUGCACCAGACCCUUACUCUGAUCUUGUUGAUAUGCAAUGUAUGUGGUUUGCUCUCGAAGAAGGUGAAUGUUUCGCCAGGACGAAUAAGCUUGGCAAGGCUUUGAAACGCUUCCAUCAAAUCGAGAAGCAUUUCGCUGACAUUACAGAUGAUCAAUUCGAUUUCCAUACUUACUGUUUACGUAAAGUGACUCUCAGAGCAUAUUUAAGCAUGUUACGGUUUGAGGAUCAAUUGAGAUCUCAUCCUUAUUAUUUCUGUGCUGCGCAGAACGCAAUAAAGAUAUACCUUCAUUUGCACGACAAUCCGCAUACAGUCACAACAAAAGAAAAUAACCCUGAUUUCGCCAAUAUGACUGAAGGCGAAAUACGGAAAGCAAAGAAUAAGGCGAAGAAAUUGGCUGCGAAGGCACAGCGAGAAGCUGAAGCAAAAAAAGCACAAGUCAAAGAAGAACAAAAUAAGAAGAAAACCGACAAUCCUUUGAAGGAGGCGCUCAAGUUUUUACAGCCAUUACAAGAACUAGCGUCAGAAAGAAUAGAGACACAAUUACUAGGAUUCGAGAUCUAUUUAAGAAAAAGAAAAUAUUUGCUUGCAUUGAAGCCUCUUUUGAAAGCUCACAAUAUCGACAAGAACAACCCCGAGCUUCACAAGAACAUAAUACGAUUUCACAAAACAAUUUCUACUUCAGAAAUUCAUCCAACCGUAAAAAAAGUAAUUUCAGCAGAACUUCAAAAGAUUCUUCCCGAAGACAAAGAUCUCGAGUCAUUUACGAUGGAAUUUCUGGAAUCGAACAAAAAUUCGGUUCCGCAUUUAUUAUCUGCUGCUGAAUCGUUGUUCUUGAUAGACCCUGGUAAUAAAGCGAGGGCAGAAGAAAUUGUGCUUAGGAUCGAAGAUCCAGCAUAUGAGAAUGGAAGGUCGCUCAAG